AUUAUUAAUUUUAUCCUUUCUAAAAUAAAAAAGAUUCGAAAAGAAAAGAAAAAACCGGUUACCAGGAAUAAGCUGCCGCCAAUAUCAUCAGUUCUCUCUCAUUUUCUCUUUCUCUCUCCUCUCCACUCUUCACACUCACUGCAUCUCACCACUGCUAAUCCCCCACUUUCUCCGCCAUUUUCACACUUCAAUUUUCCCCCAAAUCUCAUAAACCCUAAAUCCCCUCAUUAUGCCCAAUUAAUCCUCAAUUUCCCCAGAUCUAGCUCAAUCAAUCCACCCCCAUUUCAAUUAUGGGUCAUCUAAAUCUACCCUCCUCCAAAAAACCUGCUAAACAAUGGAAACUUCUAGACUUAGUCACCGCCUUCUUCUUCGGAAUCGUCAUCCUCUUCUUCCUCCUCAUCUUCACCCCUCUCGGCGAUUCCCUCGCUGCUUCUGGUCGGCAAACGCUGCUUCGAGCCUCCGCUUCCGAUCCCCGACAACGUAAGAAGCUUAUUGUCUCCUUGGAGGAGACAUCCUCCGGUGGUGGCCACAUCAUCGAUACUUGUCCGGCUGAGUUUGUCGAUUAUAUGCCUUGUGAAGAUCCUAAGAGAAAUAGUCAGUUGAGUAGAGAGAUGAAUUUUUACAGAGAACGUCAUUGCCCGUUGCCUGAAGAUUCUCCGCUUUGUUUGAUCCCUCCUCCUGAGGGUUACAGAGUUCCUGUUCAUUGGCCUCAAAGUUUGCAUAAGAUUUGGCACUCAAAUAUGCCUUACAACAAGAUUGCUGAUAGGAAAGGCCAUCAGGGAUGGAUGAAGAGAGAAGGUGAAUACUUUAUCUUUCCUGGUGGGGGAACAAUGUUUCCUGAUGGAGCAGUACAAUAUAUAGAGAAGCUUAAGCAGUAUAUUCCCAUUUCUGGCGGAUCCUUGAGGACAGCUCUUGACAUGGGCUGCGGGGUUGCUAGCUUUGGGGGCUACCUUCUGUCAGAAAACAUUAUGGCUCUCUCUUUUGCUCCCAGAGAUUCACAUAAAUCUCAAAUUCAAUUUGCUUUAGAAAGAGGACUACCAGCUUUUGUUGCCAUGCUUGGGACACGUAGACUACCAUUUCCUGCCUUCUCAUUUGACUUGGUGCACUGUUCGAGAUGUUUGAUCCCAUUUACUGCAUACAACGCAUCUUACUUCAUUGAAGUGGAUCGCUUACUUCGCCCAGGGGGUUAUUUUGUAGUCUCUGGCCCUCCUGUGCAGUGGGCCAAACAAGACAAGGAAUGGGCUGAUCUUCAGGCAGUGGCUAGGUCAUUGUGUUAUGAGCUUAUUGCUGUUGAUGGGAACACAGUCAUCUGGAAGAAGCCUACAGGAGAUGCAUGCCUCCCUAAUCAAAAUGAUUUUGGGAUUGGUAUGUGCGAGGAAUCUGAUGCUCCAAGUUAUGCAUGGUACUUCAAACUGAAAAAAUGUGUGAGCAGAAUGUCUUCUAUUAAAGGUGAUAUCAGUGUUGGGGCCAUACCCAAAUGGCCAAAGAGGCUGACAAAAGCUCCUACCCGUGUUACUCAAAUUAAAAAUGGCUUAGAUGUAUUUGAAGCUGAUGCUAGGAGGUGGGCAAGGAGGGUUUCUUAUUACAAAAAUUCCUUAAACUUGAAGCUAGGGUCUUCAGCUGUACGCAACGUGAUGGAUAUGAAUGCAUUCUUUGGUGGAUUUGCGGCAGCUCUCGUAUCUGACCCUGUGUGGGUAAUGAAUGUAGUGCCUCCACAUAAACCUUCAACACUAGAUGUGAUAUAUGACAGAGGUCUUAUUGGAGUAUAUCAUGAUUGGUGUGAGCCUUUCUCAACUUAUCCUCGAACUUAUGAUUUUCUCCAUGUAUCUGGUAUUGAGUCACUAUUAAAAGAUUCAGCAUCAGGCAAGCAAAGAUGUCACCUAGUGGAUGUGAUGGUAGAGAUGGAUCGUAUAUUACGUCCAGAGGGAACGGUGGUGGUAAGGGACUCUCCAGAAGUCAUCGACAAAGUAAACCGCAUUGCUCAUGCAAUGAAAUGGACUACCAGCAUCCAUGAAAAGGAGCCUGAUUCAAGCGGGAGGGAGAGAAUUCUCGUGGCCAUCAAAAGCUUGUGGAAGGCAGAUCAUUGACACAGAUAUAGCAACUAGUCCCUGUAGUGUAUCAUUUUUUUUGAGAAUUUUCUGUUUAUUAUGUAUUUAUAUCUAUCUAUCUUAUGGCAAACUUACAUAUCUAUGCACAAAAGUGCAUCCAGCCAACCUGACUACUAAACAUUUUCGCAUUUCUCCCUAAAUUCUUUUUUUUUUUUCUCUGUUUAGUUAGUGUUAUGUAGGAUUAUAAUUGAAGGAAGAUAUAUAGUCCCAUUAUACUGGAGAAAAUUGUUACCUCUGUGUUCA